GAGCAAAAUAAUGAUCAACGGGAAAAAUGAUCUGUAGUGAGUUUCUGACAAAAAUAUAGUCUGCCGUUAGUCGUCGGACCGUUCAGUCUUUUCGUUCGAAACAGUGCUUAACGAGUUGUGUGUUAGAUCGCACACCUUUUUUUAAAUUUCCUUUAAAGAGACUUAAACCUUAAAACCACAAAUCAAACAUGGCUGAUGAGGAGAAAAAGGAAGCGGCUCCAGCACCAGCUCCAGCAGCAGCUCCUGCCCCAGCUCCAGCAGCCGCACCAGCAGCGGCAGCACCAGCAGCAGCCCCAGCGGCAGCACCGGCAGCAGCUCCUGCUGCAGGAGCACCAGCUGCUGCCCCUGCAGCCAAUGGUAAAGCUGCCGCACCUGCUGCAGCACCCGCAGCCAAUGGCAAAGCCGCAGCACCAGCAGCCAAUGGUAAAGCUGCCAAACCUUUAACACCAGCUGAAGAGGCUAAGAAGGCUAAACAAGCCGAAAUUGAACGCAAGCGUGCUGAAGUACGCAAGCGUAUGGAAGAAGCUUCCAAGGCUAAGAAGGCCAAGAAGGGUUUCAUGACUCCCGAAAGAAAGAAGAAACUCAGGUUGUUGCUCCGCAAGAAAGCCGCUGAAGAAUUGAAGAAAGAACAAGAACGCAAAGCCGCUGAACGUAGACGUAUCAUUGAAGAACGUUGCGGUAGUCCCAGAAACCUCAGUGACGCCAGCGAAGCCGAACUACAAACUAUAUGCAAAGAAUAUUGGCAACGUCUAUUCAAUUUGGAGGGUGAUAAAUUUGAUUUAGAGCAUAUUGAAAAAAUGAAACAAUGUGAGAUCAACGAUCUCAAUGCCCAAGUUAACGAUCUUCGUGGCAAGUUCGUUAAGCCUGCUUUGAAGAAGGUUUCCAAAUACGAAAACAAAUUCGCCAAGCUCCAAAAGAAGGCUGCUGAAUUCAACUUCCGUAAUCAACUUAAGGUUGUCAAGAAGAAGGAAUUCACAUUGGAAGAAGAAGAAAAGGAGAAAAAGAUUAAAGAUUCUAUACUAAAAUCCAAAAAGUAAGAAACCCGACUGGUCCAAGGGCAAGGCUGCUGAUAAGCCAAAGGAGGAAGCUGAAGUUGAAGCCUAAGUGUUCCGAUUUUAUAUAUAUGACCGUAUCCCGCCCUAUUUUUAAAUAAAAAAAAUCAUUUAUUAUUUAUUAAUUGUUUUCAAACAACAACAACAAAUUAUGUACAUCUAAAUUAUAUGAAAGAAAAAGAAAACCAUAAAAAACAACAAAAAAAAAUUUAAUUAAAACUAUAUUUUUUUUUAAAAAAAACUCUUAAUCAAUUGGUCAAGAAAAAUUCCUAUAAUUUAUGAAUUAUUAAGUUAUGAUUGCUAUGACAUAUUAGAUCUGCUCCAUUAACAGGUUUUUCACCUCCUUGUAAAUAUGCUGCUGUUUAUUUGAGUAUGUUUUACCAGAACUUAGUUGUUUUUAACAUUUCUUUUUAUUUUUGUGGGUAAUAACUCCUAACACACCAUCCUAAAUUGCAGCUUAUUCUUUUAGCAAUUUUAUUUGCUUUCUUUUUUGUAAAGUAUAAUAUUUAAUUAUGUAACUAUAAUAAAGAAAAUUUUUGAAAAUAAAUUUGUUUAAAGGAAAACAAAAAAAA